CACUGCGUUUUCAACAUGGCGCCUCUCAUAACCGUCUAACUUGUGUCAACAAGACCAAAACGUAGCUAAAGGUGAAUAGGACUGUGAAGCGAGGUUGACUCGCAAUAUUUCAGACAGGAGGAUGAGACUGUUGUUGACAGUGAUAAAACGUACCCACAAACCGCCUGUUUACACCAGUCGCCAGCGCUGUCUGAGCUCCUGUGCUAGCGGCGGCCUGUUACCUCUCCGAGAUGAGGCGCUAAUUUUGGGGUCCAGUCGAGAGUUGGUGCAGGGACUCGGUUCACAGGUGGAGGUGAGGACGGCCUUCGUCACUGAGGAGGAGGAGGGUGCUUUUCUACGAGAGCUGGAGCCAGGGUUAAAGAAAAAACGCUACGAAUUCGACCACUGGGAUGAUGCUAUUCACGGGUACCGAGAGACUGAACGUCUGAGGUGGGGGGCAGCAUGUGAGGAGGUCUUGAAUCGUGUCCGAUCUGCUGCGUUUCCUGAGGGCAGUCCACUCCUCGGGCCUGUGCACGUUCUAGAUCUGGACAAGACUGGUUACAUCAAGCCUCACAUAGACAGUGUCAAGUUUUGUGGCAGUACAAUUGCUGGAUUGAGUCUUCUAUCAGACAGUAUCAUGCGUUUGGUGAGGGAAAACACCAGCAAUGAGUGGCUGGACCUUCUGUUGCCCCGACGCUCCCUCUACAUCCUAAGGGACCGGGCCCGAUACAACUUCACUCAUGAAAUCCUGAAAGAUGAGGAGUCUGUGUUCAAUGGACAGAGAGUGCCACGACAGCGUCGUAUCUCCGUCAUCUGUCGGAACCUUCCGGGCUAAUUCACACAUCGACUCGGCUUUACAGAACAUAUCUUGAAUUUAAAGGAUUGUGUCAGUG